CAAGACGAACACGCAAUUUGUCCCAUAUUUACUCUCGUCUCUGACAUCCGGAAGAUCGCCUCGGCGCGCAUCUCUGGCUCAAAGAGUGUCACCACGGCCCCACCAGCGUUGCAGCCUACAUUUGCAACCGUCCCACCUCAGACUCUCAGAGUGACCUUACCCCCUGACAUGUCUCCUCCGGUGCCUUCUCAAUUCUCUCAGCCAUCGAAGCCACAGAGGGUAUUGGCAUGUGUACGCUGUCAGCACCGGAAGGUGAAGUGCGAUCGCUGCUUUCCCUGCUCAAAUUGCAAAGCGUCCAAUGCACAAUGUGUGCCGGCGACGCUGACCCCACGCGGCAGGCGGAAACGUCGAUUUCCCGAGCGAGAGCUUCUUGAACGCCUUCGCAAGUACGAGGACUUGCUCCGGCAAAAUAGUAUCAACUUUGAACCGCUCCACAAGGACGCAGCUGGGAAGAUGGGAUCUCCCAACGCGCAUAGAGAGAACGAAUCGGAUGAUGAGCACCCCGGGGCUCUCGGUGCAGAUCCGCCUUCCCCUGCAAUAACCGUCAAGUCUGAAAGAGUAUAUGAAGCCAAGAACUUCUUGCACGCCCUGAAUUCAGGAUACCACGACUCCGACGACAGUGAUUGUUCACACGAUGAUGUGCGUGAGGUGGUGUUCAGGAAGAGUUGGGUCCAGUUAUUUGGCGACAAUGACUACCUCCUAUUUGGCUCCCCCAAUGCCAACGUCGACCUCUCUACUCUGCACCCCGAACCAGUCCAGAUCUUCCGACUAUGGCAAAUGUACCUGGAAAAUGUUGACCCGCUGCUCAAGGUCACACAUGCUCCCAGCAUGCAAGGACACAUCAUAGAAGCUGCCAGCAGCGUCUCAAAUAUCAACCCUAACCUCGAAGCGCUCAUGUUUAGCAUCUAUUCCAUGGCCAUUCUUAGUCUCGCCGUGGAUGACUGCCAGGUUAUAUUUGGUUCGUCUCAGGAGGACCUUUUAACGAGGUUCCAGUUCGGCUGUCGGCAAGCUUUACUUAAUUGUGGCUUUUUACGGUCUGUUGAUCGUGACUGCUUGACUGCAUUAUAUCUCUACUUAGUAUCGGUCAGACCUCGGACAGUCCCUCAGUCUCUCUCUGCAAUGCUUGGGGUCGCGAUUCGGAUUGCACAACGCAUGGGUAUUCAUAGCGAGUCUGCGUUAGCAAGAUGCCCCGCUCUCGAGGCCGAACUGCGCCGAAGACUCUGGUGGUCGCUUGUACUCUUCGACACUCGCAUUAGCGAAAUGGCUGAGCACAAGAUAUCAACGCUAGCCCCGACCUGGGACUGCAGGAUCCCGCUCAAUGUGAGUGAUUCUGACCUGCGCUCAGAGAUGAAAGAGCCACCAUCCGUUCAAGGGAAGGCCACGGACGCACUGUUUGCGGUUGUACGCAGCGAACUUGGAGACUUUGUCCGCCACACGAUGUUCCACCUUGACUUUACUAGUCCGGCUCUGAAGCCCAUCGUUCCAGAAGUCGCUGAUCUGGCCACCCUGGAAAGACUAAUUAACGAAAGAUAUCUCAAGUUCUGUGACGAAGAGAACCCACUCCACUUCAUGACGAUUUGGUGGACGCGAUCAUAUCUUGCUAAAUGCCGCCUCUUGGAACACCAUUCAAAAUAUUCUAGCUUAUUUGUGCCCCAAACAGACGCUCAGCGCGACGCUUUAAUUUCCAUUGCGAUUCUUAUGCUUGAGUGCGACACGAAGCUCAGAAACUCGCCUCUCACCAAACCCUUCCGUUGGCUGGUUCACCUCCACUUUGCAGCCCCCGCAUACCUUCAAAUCGUCCAGGACCUAAAAAUGCGGCCAAGCUGCGAGCUAGCUGAACAAGCUUGGGAGGCUAUGAGUGACAACUUUGAGGCCGUAUUCGUUUUUGUAAAGGAAGACGACGAGAGCCCUAUCUUCAGAAUUUUUACGAAAAUGGUCCUCCACGCCUGGGAGGCUCGUGAGGCCACUUUCAGUGAGCCUUUGACGCCACCAAGGAUUGUUUCAUCCAUGAGACAUCGACUGGCUCAAAUAGGGCAAAAGACACAGAUUGUACAACAACCCAACGGUAGUAUGGGCACUGGCCCUGACCACUUUCCAAUGUCGAUGGACCUUGUUAGCAAUUGCAUGUCGUACACCAUCGGAGAGCAAGGCGGGUAUGGAGGAAUUGUGCCUGGGGCAUACACCGAUAUGCCCGGACUUCCGCCGAUAUCCGUUGAUGUUAAUCCUUUAGACUGGGCUGCGAUGGACUGGGGGUUUGGGGGCAUGUAUUCAGAGGUCUGGAAUGCGGAACUUUGAUGUUGAUGACUUCCAGUAGUAUAGGCCUAGACUCUACUCAAUAACUCAAUAUAGUAUGGAAGAUAUAUCAUUCUACAUCAUCCCCCUCCUUCGACUCCACAUCUCGAAUUCUAAAGGCCCGCAUCCUUAAAAUUCUUCCCCACAUUAAACAUUCAUCUAACAAACAGCCCAUCACCAACUCAAAUGAUGAAUAUUGUCGUUUCACAAUCCGAGAGUGAGAUGAGAACUUCUCCAUGCAAGACAUCUUGGACACGGAAAGAAGCUGACUGUUCCAUCAAGUAAACGACUCCAUUGAUCAUCGAAAGUGGGAAUAUCGACACAAUAACUUGCUCAUCUUCAACUCUUGUUGAGCUUCAGCUAACUUGUUUGGCAGCCAUUCAGAGCUCGGCUUCUGGUGUCUGCUGAAUGGACCACAAUUCUUGAGAGCAACCCCUUGAGCUGCAACACCGGCUGUGGCCGCCGCGC